GUUAUUAUUUGUAAUAUUAUUCUGUGUGCGAGCGAGCUAGCAAGCAAUCGAUCGAUCGAACGAGCAAGCGAGCGAGGGAGCGAAAAAAACGAAGUGAUACCCAUCCAGGAGGAGCCAAAUACAGUUAGUUCAUCACAAUACCAUCAUGGAGGUGUACACGUCGGACAGCUCGGACACGGACUCCCGGGAGCAGAAGACCCUGGACUUUGGGCGGAUGAGUCUCGAUCUGGUCACCCUCGAGGAUCACCUCAGUAGCCCCCAAAAGGGUCUGCUGAAGGCCAGCGGGGAUAUCGAGACGAUGCUUCUGAAUCAUAAUCGGCUGGUGGGACUGCCCCGACUCCUGCAGCAGUUUGCCAAUUUGAAGAUCCUCGAUCUGAGCUCCAACGCCAUCACCCAGCUGCCGGAUGCCGUCUGCCAGCUGCCACUGGUCACACUGAUCGCCAAGAACAAUCUGCUGACGAAUGGAUCGCUGCCCAAGUCGCUGCUCUCCAAGCAGGUCUCCAACGCCGGCGGCACUGUCGGCGGCUCCACCCUCAAGGAGCUGAAUCUGAGCGGCAACCAGCUGACCCACUUCCCGGAACAGGUCACCGAGCUGCGCCAGCUGAAGUAUCUGUAUCUCGGUGGCAAUAAGAUCUCGACCGUUUCGAAGGAUAUCUGGAAGAUGCAGAGCCUGCAUGUCCUGUCCCUGGGCGGCAACCUCAUCAGCGAGGUGCCGGAGUCGGUGGGAUCCCUGAACCAGCUGCAGGCUCUCGUCCUGUGCGACAACCUGAUCGAGAUCCUGCCCACGAGCAUUGCGCGCCUGAAGAACCUCAAGUCCCUGCUCCUGCACAAGAAUCGACUGCGUCAUCUGCCCAAGGACAUAGUGGCCUUGAAGAAUCUAACGGAGCUAAGUCUCCGCGACAAUCCUUUGGUGGUCCGCUUCGUCCAGGACAUGGCCCUGAAGCCGCCCACUCUCCUGGAGCUGGCCGGUAGGAUGGUGAAGGCCAGUGGUCAGAGGCCCGGACCCUACGACAUCCCAAGGACCCUGGCCGAGUACUUGAACAGCGCCAACUGCUGCGUGAAUCCCAACUGCAAGGGCGUCUUCUUCGACAAUCGGGUGGAGCACAUCAAGUUCGUGGACUUUUGUGGAAAGUAUCGGGUCCCGCUGCUGCAGUACCUCUGCUCCUCGAAAUGUAUCGAACCGGAGGAGCCGGCACGCGGCAUAGCACCGUUGCAGGCGAAUGUGAGCAGUGCCAGCAGCGGAUUUAUGAUGCGGAAGGUGCUGCUGGGCUAGGAGCGUUCCCGUCCGGCCCGGGCCCGCCCAUUCCGCCGGCUCCAGGGAGCGUACAAAACGGAGCGUCGGCCGUUGCGAUUCGAUGCGGUUCGGUUCGGUUGCGGGGAAACGGAAACGAACUGACAUCGGAUAUUGGAACGGAAACACGGCAAUUGUUAUUUGGAAUCGGAACGGAUCGGAACGGAACGGAAACGGAGACGACGGCGGUAACGGUGGCAAAAAAAAUAUACAAAAAAGACGAUUUCGGAGACGAAAACAGAUCGAUAUUCGCUCCGACGACUGGAGGAACCCAUUGGCGCUGGAAUCCCAUUGGCUUCACUUCACAUCAUUUGACACGCACACGUUAUCAAAUCCAACAUGAACUAGUUUUCUAAGCGAUUUCUACAUCCAUAUGACCCUACGGCCUUGCUUGUCCGUUUUUCUGUUUCUGUUUGUUUGCUUGUUUGCUUGUUGUUAUCCACAAAUACACACACAGUCUAUGCCAA